AUGGACAGACUAACCCAGUUCCCUGAUAUCUAUCCAUCCGACCACGCCAUUCACGCAGAAAUUCCAUGGAGUUUAUCCAGCGAUGCUGCAGCUUCGGUCUCGGUCGAGACUAUCGUGCUGUCAUGGGCUGCCCUUUUGCAUGCCUACACGGGCGAGGAACAGCCUGUGUUUGCUCUCAACCAGCGUCCCGUUAGAGUGCAAACGGCCGAGAAAAAUAUUAUCAAUUUGAAGUCUAUACACAAGCCGGAGGAGAUAGAAACAAUAUUGUUCACGGGUAUUGACAUUCAGCAACCCACAGAGUAUACCCUUUUUCAGACAGAUGUGCCCCGAAUCGUGGUCAAGUGCGCUCUGUCUUGCAGCAUUGACUUGGCGGUUGGUGCUGGCUUUUUAAAAUCCGAAGCCGGGAUACUACCCCAUCACUUGAAGCAGCUAGCGGUCCAACUGCAACAGUUUGUGCGGAGCUAUGCUGGCCUUGGUGGUGAAGUUGUAGAUGACGGUGAGAAACCGCUGUUAUCCAUCGCCAACCCAGAUCCUCAGCAUCUCCAAGGGCCGCAGUUUUUACACCAACUGGCAUUCCACCAUACAUAUAGAGAUGCUCCUGCUUUAGAAUUCCUCAAGCCCGACCACUCUAUUCACAGCAUAUCUUUCCAAGACUUGGAUUGUCUUUCAACGAAACUGGCACAUCAGAUUGGCAGGAGACUCGGCCCAAAUCCUUCUAGCCGAAUUGUGCCCGUUUUCCUCGGCCAGUCUGUGGAGCUUUAUAUUGCAUGGCUUGCCGUUUUGAAAGCAGGCGCUGCUUUUUGCCCUCUGGGGACCGAUUCCCCGGAAGAUAGAGUCGCUUUUAUCCUGAAAGAUGUUGCUGCAGAGGUUGUUGUCACUUCAAGCAAAUUUAGAACAAAACUUGCAAGCACCAAGGCCGUUUCACUAGUUAUAGUGGAUGACCUUGAAGUUGAGCUUGUUCCCUCUCCUUUGGACUCUCCGGACAUUGGUCCAGAGGAUCUCGCCUAUGUUAUGUAUACAUCUGGGUCAACAGGCCGACCCAAAGGCGUGACGAUAUCUCAUCGAGCAGUGACCCAGUCACUACUUGCUCACGACAGCCUUAUUCCGCCGUUCCGCAGAUUUCUCCAAUUUGCCUCACCCACAUUCGACGUCUCCGUCUUUGAAGUCUUCUUUCCGUGGUUCAGGGGUGCCACCCUUGUGGGUGCAGAUCGAAGCAUAAUGCUUCACGAUCUUCCUAAUACUAUUACCCUGCUACAGGUAGACGCAGCCGAGCUAACGCCAACAGUAGCAGCUGAGCUCCUGCGUAGUCGUCAAUCAGUGCCGUCUCUCCAAGUCCUACUUACCAUUGGUGAAAUGCUCACAAAGCGGGUGGUGGAUGAAUUCGGCGCCUCUGCUACAAACUCCGGAAUUCUUCAUGGCAUGUACGGACCAACUGAGGCGGCUAUUCAUUGUACAGUAGCACCGAGUUUUCAAUCCGAUUCUAGAGUCAACCUGAUCGGCCAGCCUUUGAAGACCGUUUCAGCGUUUGUGAUGUCUCUUGAUGAAAAUACGCCUUCAUCAGAGCCUGUGGUUCUGCCAAUCGGUCAGAUAGGAGAGCUGGUCGUUGGUGGCCCGCAAUUGGCAAAAGGCUACAUCAACCGCCCUGUUGAAAAUUCCAAAGCCUUUCUCCGCACUUCAAAGUAUGGACGUCUAUAUAGGACGGGAGACAAGGCGCGGUUCCUACCAGAUGGCAGCAUCGAAUGUCUUGGGAGAAUAUCUGCAGGCCAAGUCAAAUUACGCGGCCAACGAGUGGAAUUGGGGGAAAUUGAAAAUGUCAUUUGCCUCGACCCUCAAAUACGCAGCGCCGUUGUUGGUGUAGUUCAAGGGAUCUUAAUUUCAUGGUUAUUGAUCGAGGAGGAUGAAGAUGUUCAGCCCGAGAAAAUGCGUCAAUUUUGCCAAAGAAGACUUCCGGCAUACAUGGUCCCAGGUGAUUUUAUCAUCCUUCGAGAAUUCCCGCGGCUUGACUCUGGAAAGGUGGACAAAAAGACUUUGGAAGCAGACUACAAACAGAUUCAUCGAGCCAGCCAGUCGGGCAGGCCAUUUCGAGACAGACUCGAAGAAGACAUUACCAAAGCCGUUAGUAAAGCCUUGAAUAUAUCUCACAAUUACAUUGAAAGCCUUUCAGCUGCUGGCCUUGACUCGUUAUCAGGAAUCAGGCUGGCUGCCAAACUACGAGAAAUAGGGGUCAACUUGGAUGUUGGGGCACUUUUGACUGCAGAUACCGUAAGCGAUAUUUGGGAGCUUUCCAAGGGAGCAAGCAAGAGGUUGCAAGAACCACCUGAUCAAAGCGCUGAUGAUGAAUGGAACUCGGUUAUUAAUACGGGCAUGGCAGUACUUGACGCAAAGAAUCUCAAUUCUCUGGUUGAAAAGGUGGAACCAUGCAGUGACAUCCAACUAGCCAUGCUCUCAGAGUCUCUUCGCGAUUGUAGGGCCUAUUGCAAUUGGAUUGAACUUGAAUUUCGAGAUGGCUUCCAGUUGAACUCGGUAAGACAAGCUUUCUCUAAGCUCAUAGAGUAUAAUGAAAUGCUACGCUCUGUUUUCCUAAGAAUCGAUUUACCCGAUAACCCGUUCUGUCGAGUUGUAUGGAAGACACCGGAUUUGGAGGGCUAUUUUCAAGAAACAACGUCCUUUGAACGCGACUGGAGUAUUGAGGUCGAUAAUAGAAUCCUCGUACCUCUCAAAGUCCAUUUUCUUCACGAAGCAAGUUCGACUCGAGUUUUAGUCCAGAUACAUCAUGCCAUCUACGAUGGCUGGUCUUGGGAGCUGCUGCUGGAUGAUCUUGGAUCGGCAUUGCGAGAGGAACAACUGGACGUUCGACCUUUAUAUUCAGGCGUAGUGAGGCAUCAUUUUAAAUCAGCUUCAUCACAAUCGAGCACAGGAACGACUUCCUACUGGGAAGAUCAUUUACGAGGAGCAAUCCCCUCGACGCUGCCAAACUUUCAGAGCAGAAACGAUAUACCUACGAAAAUCGGAAAAGUUAGUCAUACUUUGAACACUUCUUUGAUACAAGUGGAUGAGCAAGCCCGAUCUCUGUCAAUCAGUCGCCAGACUUUCUUUCAGGCUACUCUGACUUACAUUUUGUCUUCGUAUCUUGAUACGACAGAUGUCAUGGUCGGCACCGUCUUUUCAGGCCGCACCUUGCCUGUCAAGGGCAUCGAGGCCACCAUUGGACCCUGCCUUCGCAUAUUUCCCAACCGUGUCAAUCUUUCGUGGGUGCGAACUAUUCAUGACCUCUUGACCGCUGUUCAUAGGAACAACCGGAAGAUUUUGGAAUACGGGGAUAUAUCACUUCGACAGAUCAAAAGACUCUCUGGUGUCGCCAACACAAGUCAUCUGUUUGACUGUCUUUUUGUUUGGCAGGAAGUCUCAGGGAGUCCAUCGCGGCUGAAUUCUCCUGUUGAGCAAGUCGUGUCUGCAGAUUUCCUGGAGUUUCCCUUGACUAUCGAAUUAGAACCCAAAGAUGGGAAACUCACGGCCGCUGCGACUUUUGAUGAAUCUGUCUUCCCAGCAGCUCAAGCACGUCUCCUUCUAGAGCAGAUUGAUCAUAUUGCAACCAUUUUCUCGCACACACCGGACUUGCAGCUUGGUUUAAUCAACGAGCGUCUUCCUUCCUCUGUCCUAUCAAUAGAAAAUGACCAAUUUGUCCAUCUGGACGACUUGCCGUCUCUAGCACAUCAAGUUGAACAACUUGCAGCAAAUGACCCAAGCCGCAAUGCCAUUGAGUUCAUUCACUCUCUUGACCCGGAUACGGGGUCAGCCAAGGCUGAACCUCUCACUUACCACGACCUUAACCAACGAAGUAACCGCCUUGCUCAUCAUAUCAUCAGCUGUGGUGUCAGCAGUGGAGACCUCGUUGGUAUAAUUCUGGAUAAAUCACUGGAUUUGUACAUAUCGAUACUGGCAGUUAUUAAAGUCGGAGCGGGAUACGUACCUUUGACUCCCCAAACUCCGCGUGAAAGGAUCCGGACUGUGCUGGGCGAAACACGACCGAAGCUUUGCAUUGUUAGCCCAAGUCUCCACUCGGACCGGAGUGGUUUCGAGUGGUUGAAUCUUCUCGAUCUUGAGAGCGUGGAUAUGCUUCAAUAUUCAGAUACAAACAUUAUUCCCUCAUCUCAACAGGCUAACAUCGCCUAUGUGGUCUAUACAUCUGGAAGUACCGGGAAACCCAAAGGCGUUGUCAUCACUCACCAGAAUAUACAAAGCAACAUUGCAGUGCUCGCAGAAAUCUAUCCUAUCGGGCCUAAUCCCAAAUUUCUUCAGGCAUGCUCACAGGCUUUUGAUGUUUCCGUCUUUGAAAUAUUCUUCUCAUGGCACUGUGGGAUGACCCUCUGCUCAGCUAUAAACGAUGUGAUGUUUCGGGACAUUGAAGAAGUAAUUCGGAAUAGAACUGUAACACAUCUCAGUCUUACCCCUACAGUCGCAGCUUUGAUACGUCCUGAGAAUGUACCGGAAGUGAGACUUCUGGUGACUGCUGGAGAGGGUCUAACUGCCAAAGUGCACCAUGACUGGGCAGGUAAAGGCUUAUAUCAAGGAUAUGGUCCAAGCGAAACUACCAAUAUCUGCACAGUGCAGCCUAAUGUGACUGCCUCGGACAACCUGAGAAACAUUGGCAAACCGUUUAAAAACACAUCAGCCUUUGUUAUAUCCGGCGGUUCCGACUUUUCCUUGUUACCACGGGGCGCGGUUGGUGAAUUCUGUUUUGGUGGUGAUCAAGUUGGACAAGGAUAUCUCAACCGAUCCGAUCUAACAAGCGAGAAGUUUCUUGAUCAUGCUCGAUUCGGUAGAUUAUACCGAUCUGGCGAUUUUGGAAGAUUGCUUCCAGAUGGAUCACUGAUGUUUGUGGGACGCCGAGAUGAUCAAAUCAAGCUGCGUGGACAACGAGUGGAAUUAGGGGAGAUAAACAGUGCAGUUCUGCGCAACGUUCAGGUCAAGGACAGUGCGUCCAUGAUUGUUGGAGACCACUCUCGGCAGCAACUUGUCACAUUCUUCGUCUCGAGCAAGCCUGUUGAAUCUGACGAUGGGUUGAAGUGCUUGGCCAAGUCUGUUUUCGAUGGUUUGGCAGCUGAUUUGACACCGUAUAUGGUACCUACAUAUCUCAUACCCAUGGAGGAUAUUCCAAUGACGGGAGUCAAGAAAAUAGACAUGAGAAGGCUGAAAGAAGCUUUUGAAUCUCUGGCUCCAGAGGAUUUGCAAAAGUUCUCGCGGUUCCAAGGAACAUCCGACAACAGUGAAUUGACCAAGGAGGAAAAGAAUAUUGCAAUGAUCAUUUCCCAAACAACAAAAACACCCCUAGAACUAUUAAGAGCAAAUACUUCUCUUUAUAGCAUUGGGAUCGAUUCUAUUUCCGCUAUUCAUGUGGCAAGGCAGCUUAGAGAAGCGGGUCUUGGCCAGGUUGACGUCUCUCUAAUUCUGCGAAAUGGUUCUAUCAGCGAGCUUGCAAGGGCAGUCGGCGACAGGGGGCGACAAAACCAGCAGUAUAAAGACACGGGAAAGAACUACCUUUUGCCAGACGAAAUAGCCCAAAAAGUUGAGGAAGAUUUCCACUCGGCGGGUCACCACGUUGAAACGGUGAUUCCAUGCACUGCUUUGCAGGAAUCAAUGCUGUCUCGUACAAUCUCCCAAGACGAAAAUGCCUACUGCAACCAUGUACUGCUUAAAUUCAAAGGAGACUUUGAAAAGCUUUAUCAUGUAAUGCAGCAGAUGGCACGACGUCAUGAGAUUCUGCGCACUUGUUUCGUUACUACUACCAGCAAUGCAAAGUUCUCAUUUGUGCAAGUCAUUCUACAGCAAAUCGAUUUGCCGUGGGUUGCUGUGAACACCACAGAUUUGGAAGCUGAGAUCUCGAACCACAAAGCACUGUUUGCCCAACACACUCAACAGCCUCGUACAAUUCCGUACUCUAUUUCUGCCAUUACACAUGCACAGACCGACAACAAAAUGCUACUUUUCUCAAUCCAUCACGCUUUGCACGACGGUGAAGCGAUGGACUUGCUAUUCAAGGAGGUUGAAAACUCAUAUGCUGGAAUCCAGUCACCGUCGCCCACGCAGUUUCGUGACUUUGUCAACUAUGUGUUUGCGAAAAGCUGUGACGACAUUGAUCCAUUCUGGACUGAGUAUCUGCAGGAUAUUUCUCGAUCACUACUCCUGCCAACGCCAGAGACUUCCUCCGGAAAAGACCAGAAGGGUUCUAUUGAAAUACGGAAAUCAGAGUUGAAAAUAUCCCUGACAGAGGCAGAAGCAUUGUGCAGUGGCCUCUCCGUAACUCUUCUGGGUCUUGUUCAAGGCGCAUGGGCACGUCUUUUAUCGAUAUACACAAAUUCAUCCGAUAUUUGCUUUGGGAAUGUUUUCAGCGGAAGGACGACACCCAUCACAGGCAUAGAAAGUGUUAUUGGACCGUGUUUCAGUGUCCUUCCGGUACGAGUACAUGUCAACCACCCUACAGCCUUAAAUAUCGAUGUGGUGAAAACAGCACACAAGGCAAAUCUCGAAAUAAUGGGCUAUCAACACACCACCUCAUUGAGGCAGAUACAAAAGAGCUUCUCCGGAAAACCUCUAUUUGACUCUAUCGUGCUGCUUCAGCCACCUGUCACAGAAUUGGACAGCGAAUUGUGGCAAUUGACAUCGGAAGAAGGAGAUAUGGAUUUCCCUAUUAUUUUAGAACUGAUUCCGUCUGCCAAACAAGACAGUAUAUCAAUACAACUCCACGUGAAUUCCAACCAGGUAUCGGAUGAAGACGCAGACUCUAUGCUCAAAGACUUUGCAGACCUUGUUAUUCAGACAUUACGAUACCCACUCGCCCGAGCAAAUGAUUUCGAUCAGUCAAGGGAGCUACCUACAAUCGCAAAGAAGGCUAGAGAUGUCAAGGACGCUGCAUCCAAGUCUGGUGCAAAUUCUUUGGCUUCUCGAGAUGCGGCUCUGACGUUUUCAGAUGAAGAGUUAAAGGUUAGAAAUAUUAUCUCCCGACUAUCUGGAUGUGAUCCGCAAAUAAUCAGCCAUGAUACUACCAUAUUUCAGCUUGGUCUGGAUAGUAUCAAUGCUAUUCAGCUAUCGGCACUUUUGAAAGAUGCUGGAUUCAGUGCAACUGCAGCCAGUAUCCUUGAAAAUCCAAGUAUAAGGCAAAUUGCAAGUUUGCUAAACAGUCACGGCAUCUCAUCUCCCGUGGAAACAUUUGACUUUUCCUCGUUUGACUCGGAACAUAGAAAAUACGUUGAGGAUCGCUUAAGUCUUGGAGAUAAAAGCAUUGAAUCUAUACGUCCAUGCACUCCAGUCCAGGCAGGAAUGCUCGCAGAAUUUACCAAAACUCACGGGGAUCUCUACUGCAACCGUCUUGUUCUGGAACUCAAGGAAUCUAUUGACCUCGACCGUUUGAAGGCUUCUUGGUCUAAUGUCAUGGCUCGGCAUGAAAUGCUGCGGACUGGAUUCGUCUAUUUGGAGAACCGCGGUUUUCCUUUUGCGAUGGUCACCUAUUCUCCAGGCCAAAUCUCGCUUCCAUGGACUGAGCGUCAGACGAGACCAUCAAAAGAUGAACUUGAACAGCAACGGAGCUCGAUGUAUGCAAAUCUUCAUUUACCACCAUGGCUCAUUGUUAUCCGACAUUUGCCAUCUGUCGUGGAACUUGAACUCACGGCCAUGCAUUCUUUGUAUGAUGCUCAAUCUAUGGAGCUGAUACUGUCGGACGUAGCAGCUGAAUAUCAAGGACAUUCAAUACGACGUGAUACCCCAAUUUCUUUUGUUCUUGGCCCAAUUCUCAGCGCUGCCUCAUCGACGAAGAAGGAUAUAGACGCAUUCUGGGGUGACGUGGGCUCGGGUUUUCAAAACACAAGUUUUCCUAACCUCAGCCCAAGUACUGUCAGGGAACCAGCAGUCAUUGUGAGAUCUCAACGGGUCUCAAAACCUCUCGACACCAUCAAUGAGAAAUGCAAAGCCAUCGGGGUCACAUUACAGGCUGCAGGUCAAGCGGCAUGGGCUAGGCUCCUUUCCUUUUAUACUGGAGAGACUAAUAUCUCCUUUGGCCUGGUACUAUCUGGUCGUGACGUUACUCAUGAUGCUCAAGACGCAGUUUUCCCCUGCCUUGUUACGCUUCCCUUCCACUGUUUAGUUGAAGGAAAGAACCAAGACUUUAUUUCCUCAAUAGUGAAAACCAAUGCCUCGCUAAUGAAGUACCAGUUCACUCCAUUAUCCAAAAUCCAAAGGCUUUUCAAGGCCGACGGAGCUCUUGUGGAUAGUCUAUUUGCCUAUCAAAAAUUGUCUCACACGAAUAAGGAGGCACAAUUUUGGGAAGUUGUCGAAGAUGAUGCUAGAAUAGACUAUCCGAUAUCGAUGGAAAUGGUUCCCGAUGACGAAGGAAUUACUCUACGCGUGACAUGCAGAAGUGAUGUUGUUCCCCAGGAACAAGCUGAUCUCAUAUUGAUGCAGUUUGAUCAUCUUCUCGCAGAUGGCUUGCUUUGCACUGGCUCGAAUUGCGCGGAAACUUCGAACAUACGGCUCGACUUGCUCUCCGUCACACCGGCUAAAGAACCCCGAAUCACUUCUCCGGUCGGCCUAUUACACGAAUUUGUAGAGGAAAGUGCGCGAACAUUACCAGAUAAAACAGCCCUCGAGUUUGUGUACGGGGACAGCUUGGAUCGGAUUCACAAAAACGCAUGGACAUAUCGUGAACUUGACCAUAUUGGCAACAAAGUUGCUAGAUUAUUGCAAAAUCUCAAUGCGAGCAAAGGCGGGUUGGUUGCAAUUUGUUUCGAUAAAUGCCCCGAGGCGUAUUUCGCUAUCCUUGGGAUUCUCAAGAAUGGCCAUGCCUUUGUUGCACUAGACCCAGGCGCACCGCUCGCCAGAAAAGAGUUCAUUGUUCAGGACUCACGCGCCAAGUUACUUCUUUCCACUUCAGACAAGUAUGAGGAGCUCGCAAAGAUUUCAGGGGUUACAACUGUGGCACUGGACAAACCUGGUUUGUUAGAUGAUAUCUCACAUGACCAGGUGGUUCUCGAAAGGCCAAUUGAUCCAGAUGACACAUGCUACUGUCUAUAUACAUCUGGAACAACGGGGACUCCCAAGGGCUGCGAGAUAACGCACGAUAAUGCCGUGCAAGCCAUGCAGGCCUUUACAAGAUUGUUCAACCCGCACUGGGACGAGGACUCACGCUGGCUCCAGUUUGCGUCAUUCCAUUUUGAUGUCAGCGUGUUGGAGCAGUACUGGAGCUGGAGUGUGGGCAUCUGCCUCACAUCUUGUCCUCGAGAUUUACUGUUUCAAGAUCUUGCUGGGACAAUGAGCCAACUUGGAAUCACCCAUGUGGAUCUCACACCAAGCCUUGCCAAAUUGGUCACCCCACAGGAAGUCCCGUCAUUAUGCAAAGGCGUAUUUAUCACUGGUGGAGAGGCACUGAAACAGGAAAUACUCGAUGCAUGGGGGAAUCAUAGGGUCAUAUACAACGGUUAUGGUCCUACAGAGGUCACAAUUGGCUGCACUAUGCUCCCUCGAAUGGACGAGAAUAGCAAAUCAUCAAACAUUGGCCCCCAGUUCGACAAUGUUGGGUCAUAUGUUUUUCAACCAGAUACUACAACCCCUGUACUUCGAGGAGCUAUCGGUGAACUAUGUGUCUCGGGUGCAUUGGUUGGUCGGGGUUAUCUGAACCGCCCGGAGUUGACUCGAGAGAAAUUUCAAAUUCUCGAUGAGUUCCAAGAACGAGCUUACCGUACAGGAGACCUCGUUAGAAUAUUGCAUGAUGGAAGUUUUCAGUUCCUUGGGCGAAUAGACGAUCAAGUGAAGAUCCGAGGACAGCGGCUUGAGAUUGGUGAAAUCAAUGCAGUCAUUCAAAAAGCUACUCCGGAAAUAUCAGAGGUUGCAACUUUGGUGAUUAAGCACCCCAGUCAAAUGAGGGAACAGUUGGUAGCAUUUAUUGCGAGAGAAAGGCCGGACAAAAGACGUGAUACUCUCGAUAUUGUCAAAGACGAAAAUAUGAACGAGAUUGUCAUGGCUGUUCAAGAGUUUACGAAAUCCAAACUGCCUGGUUACAUGGUCCCAACUCAUAUAAUCCCAAUUCCAGCGUUGCCACUGUCUCCGAAUAACAAGGCCGACAUGAAAGUUCUGAAGAACUUUUAUGCCGAAAUAUCCCUUGAACAGCUUCAGCAAUUGAGCUAUAUUUCCAAUGGAAGGGAGUCAAUCAAUCGAGAAGAUGUUCGAGCUACUGUUCGGGUUCUUGCAGAAUUUGCUAAAGUGAAGCCAGAUGAAAUUUCGCAGUCAACCAGUAUAUAUGAUCUCGGAAUUGAUUCGAUAUCAGUGAUAGGGCUUGCCCAGAAAUUCAGAGAUGCUGGGUUUGCAGCUGCUCAGGUUUCUUCGAUCAUGAAAAGUCCUACCGUUGCAGGAAUUGCCUCGACUUUGGUUGAUUCGAAAUCAAAUAAAAGUUCUGCGACGCAUGUGGGUAAUGAACCCAGCAAACAGAAAAUAAAAGCCUUUGCACAUAGAUACACCUUCGUCGCUGCCGAGAACAUUGGGAUUACCACUCAAAGUAUUGAGGAUAUGGCUCCCUGUACACCACUGCAAGCAGGAAUGAUAGCACGAUUUCUAGAAAGCUCGGAGAAUCCUUAUUGCUCUUUGUUUCGAUUUGAGCUGAAACCUGAAGUUGACCUCGGACAAUUACGAAAAGUCUGGUCCGAGACACAAGCGGCCGUUCAAUUACUUCGUGCUCGAAUGGUAGCACUACCAGAUGGGUAUGGCCAGGUGUUUUUGAAACAUGAUACACUCCCGUGGCUCGAAGAAACUGCAGAUGACCAUGAUAUAGAAGAUAUCAGCGAGACUUUUUGGAAGGCAUGGUGUGAUGGUUUACGUGACCUUUCUGGGCCUCUAUGGAGUUUGAGAAUUGUCAAGUCUCCGAGUAAAAGGUUACUUUGCUUGAACAUAUUCCAUGCUCUGUACGAUGGAAAUAGUCUUCCACUGCUGCUAGAGCAAGUCAGACUACGUUAUCGCGGCCAAGAAGUGCCAGGAAAUGUCCCUACUUUCGCGGAAAUAUUGCCACAUGGACCAUUGCAGGAACUGCCACAAGCCAAGGACUUUUGGACAGAUAUCCUUGGUGACGUUCCUUAUAAACGCAACUUUAGCGACCCAGCCAUCGACAAGUCUCAGACAAUCGUUCUUACGCAAAACAUCGGCAACGUCGAAGGCCUAGACGAAAUGAAAGCCUCUUUGCAAGUGACGGACAAUUCUAUCUUCCACGCGUGCUGGCUUCUUGCACUCCACGAACGCCUCUUGAAUGUUCCUUCUCUGGGAAUAGUGAUGUCUGGAAGAGCGCUUGAUAUUCCUGGUACAGAGAAUGUUGUCGGGCCUCUAUUCAAUACCAUCCCUAGUUAUAUUUCAUUUCGACAGCCCACCACUAGAGCAGAUCUCAUCAAAGCAUGUCACCAUCAUUAUAUUUCAGCUCUUCCAUUCCAGCAUACUCCUCUUCGAGACAUUUUGAAAUGGCUACGACGAGGAUCAAAUCAACCGCUGUUUGAGAUACUCUUCGUGUUUCAAAAGUCUGAUCCUAUGACAGAAGAUAUUUGGUCCGAGGUCGAUUCUGUUUCUGCCGCCGAUUAUCCUCUGUCUCUUGAAGUGAACCAGAGUCGACAAGGAUAUGUGACUGCAACUUUAGCAGCCAAGAGUCACGCUUUUUCAACGGAAGAAGCCGAACUACUGUUGUCGACUUUUGGAGAAAUUUGCAAGACCAUUUCUCUUGAAAAGGAUACUGGACUGCCCGAUGACAAGCAAGGUGGUGCUAAUGGUGCAUCAGUUGCAGAUGUCACUGCUCAGGAAGUGACCAUCAAGUCCGAUAGGGAAUUUGACUGGACGCCAACAAUGACAGAUAUUCGAAACGUCAUUGCAGAGCUUUCAGGUAUCGAUCCAGAGGAUGUUCACCCCGAAGCAUCCAUUUUUGAGCUUGGAUUGGACAGUAUUGAUGCUGUGAAGCUAUCUUCGAGAUUAAAACAUCGUGGCAUCAGUCUUACUGUCAGUUCUAUCAUGAGCCACAGGAGUCUGUUAAAUAUGUCAAAAAGCCUUUCCACUACAUCCGACUCGAGGGCGACAGAUUCAGAAAUUUCUCUUGAUCAGAUGAAAGAGGAGAUAACAAAAAGCCUGAAGGAAACUGGAAAGCUGCCAGAAAACACGGUAAACAUCCUACCUCCUACGGCACUUCAGGAAGCGAUGGUGGCGGAAAUGUUCAUCUCAGAUUAUCAACACUACUACACGAUAGAAGCUUUUGAGGUAGAGGAAAAUGUGGACUUCUCAAGGCUAUUAAAAUCGUGGAAGACUGUUAUCGACGCUCACGAUAUUCUCCGAACGACUUUUGUGGAGAUUGAAGAUCCCAAAUUGCCAUUUUCAUAUGCUCAAAUUGUACAUGCACCUUUGGAUACAGAAAUUCCUGUGAUCCAUGUACAAGAUGGCCCGUUAGACAACAUUGUCAAAUCAAUUGUCGGCGACCAGAACCAUUCCACUCUUGUCUUGCGUGCGGUUCAGACAGCGAACAAAAAUUAUAUAAUUUUAUCUAUCGCUCACGCGCUAUACGACGGCUGGUCCCUUGAUCUUCUACACAAUGAUGUUGAGAAGGCAUACUUCGGAAACCGCGUUGAUAGGCCCUCAUAUGAGGCCACUGUGCAACAAAUUCUAAACUCCUCAGGAGAAAGCCACCAAAAAUUCUGGGAUGUGACCUUGAAAAAUUUGGAGCCUCAUAAAUUUCCAACCAGCAAGAAUACACACGGCAAUACAUCUACUUUACACCGUUUGGAAAGAUUGUUUGAUAUACCAAGCGAAGACAUUACGCAAUUCUGCAAACACCACGGGGUGACAGUGCAGACAUUGACUCUUGCUACAUGGUCUCUUGCACUAGCUGGGUUUGUCAAAAGCCUCGACGUCUGUUUUGGGCUUGUUCUUUCUGGUCGAAACUUUGCUGAUGCCGAUGAAAUCAUGUUUCCAACAAUGAACACAGUAGCCUUUCGAGCCAUUCUUCAUGGCUCUCGUGUAGACAUGCUCAAGUACAUUCAGAGUACUCUUGGAGAUUUAGCGGAACAUCAACACUACCCCCUCCGGAAAGCUGGUGCAGGAGUAACGGCUGGCUCUCUAUUCGAUACGAUUUUUAUAUAUCAGAAACGACCGUCGGCUCCACCUACCAGACCAGCUGCUCUUUACAAAUCUGUUGACGGGCAAGCGGAUACGGGAUAUCCACUGUCGGUUGAAAUGGAGCUUUUGGAUGAGUCCAUGAUCUGCCGUCUCGCAGCUCGUGAUGAUAUUUUGGGUGUAGGGGAUGCUUCGGGUAUUUUGGAUCAGAUCAGCAAAGUUUUUCAUCUCAUCUUGAGUGAACCCCAUCAUCCGACAGUUGACUUUACAGACGAUGGCAUAACGGUCUGCCAGAGUGCUGUUUUCCGAGAAGGGAGCAACGAACAGGAAGUAGCCCGUGAGGUGAGCGAUGGGCCAGAGGCUGAUAGCACAUGGACUGAAUUGGAAAAUAAAAUACGUGGGGUUCUUUCUAUUCUAUCAGGAAUAGCCCAGGAAAGUAUCAGCAAAGAUUCCACUCUGUUCAAUCUUGGACUGGACAGCAUUAGUGCCAUCAAGGUGUGCGCAUUGCUGAGGCAGCAGUCUGUCAUUCUGCCAGUCACCGCGAUGCUCAAAGCAGGGUCCAUCAGAAGAAUGGCACAAUCGGUGGAACCAGAAGUUCUACAAUUCUCCGGUGGAAAUGCGGAGACAGCUAUCAAUGAAAUUUUGAAGGGCUUCGACGUGGAGGAAAUUUUGUCGUCGAACAAAAUCCUUGCCAGCAAUGUUGAAAUAGUACUUCCAACGACAUCAGGACAGACCUAUUGUCUUGCUGUGAAUGCACUGGAUCCACAGAUUUUCUAUGGGAGUUUCUUCUAUUCGGUUGAAAACAUCUCUCGUGAUCAGCUAGAUCAUGCAUGGAAAAGGCUGAUAGCGCAAUUUCCAAUUCUUCGGACAGGCUUCAUUCGCACAGGUCAACGAGACAUCCCAUUUGUCCAGAUAAUUCUGAAAGAUGCGGACAACCCCGUUCACUGGAAUGAAGCAGCUUCUGACCCUGGGUUUUUGAGACCGAAGCAGCGACCCAUUGUUUCUGGACCUGUUUCCAUUCAUGCGGUGAAGGCCAGCCAUGGCGUGUUGAUAAAUUUACACAUACAUCAUGCACUAUACGACGCUGUCUCGCUUCCAAAAAUCAUCGACUCCCUUGGGCAACUAUGCAUGAGUGGGGAUGUCUCAGGUAACGAAUUAGAUUUUUCAAAAUUCAUAGCCUUUCAGGCGGUGUACUCGCCAGUGACAGCGCGGAAACAAUUCUGGGAGAGCUAUCUUUCUGGUAUGGAUACGAAAUACCAGUCCGAUACCAACGUUCCAAGUUGCAGAAGACAGAGUUUCUUCCAGCCUGGUCUCAUCACAAAUGUGGAGAGGUUAGAGUUGGUCGCGCGACACAAUGGUCUUAGUCUUCAAUCUUUGUUCAUGGCGGUAUAUGCCAAGGUGCAUUCACAACUAAUGUGGAACUCGCGUGACCAGAAAACGCCAACAGAGGCGGAUAAUCUAGUUCUAGGCAUCUACUUGGCAAACAGGAGCUAUGCUCUUGAAGGGCUUUCAGACCUAGUUGCGCCGACUUUGAAUAUGGUACCAUUACGAAUUCGUCAGGUCAAGGUGCCUGCUAUCGAAAGCGCUCAUCAGAUCCAGAGCGACUUGCACGAUAUUAGCCGAGUGGAUCACGCUGGAGUGUCGUUGACAGAGAUCAUGGACUGGACUAGUGUCAAGUUGGAUGUCUUUGUGAAUUUCUUGAGACUGCCCGAGUCUGAAAAUACGCUGGAAGGGGCUCACAUUAACCCAUUUGAACCUAAGGGCGUUACACCGGAUGUAUCUGGGCGAGGUAGUAAUGAAGAUGUCGAGACAUCGAACCAGGAUGAGGACUUGGCCAGAUCUUAUACAGCCAAUUGUAUAGAUGUUGAAAUCGCUGUCCGUGGCGGGGGAAUGGACGUGGGAAUUUUUGGGCCAGAGACGCUUCUCAGCGGAGAAAAGGCUGAGAGGAUUCUAGAUGAGAUACGAAAGGAGUUAGAGGACCUGGUUGCAUUUAAAUCAGGAUGA